AGAGAAAAGAAAUCCAUGUGGCACUUCACUGUACUGCCUUUAUUUAGGCGGGGGAAUCGUGCCUUUUCAAACGUCUGUGAGAGCAACACCGACUUACUCGUAUUAUAUCAUUUAAUUUUAAAUCGUUUAUCAUGUUGAUUUUUUUAAAUCGAUGGGUUUUUUUACGUGCUUUUAACAUUAGACAUGUUAGUUCUCGGGUAUGUAUUUCAGAAGAGGUUAGGAAUGCCCUCAAUAAAAAUAUGCCAGUUGUAGCUCUUGAAACAGCUCUUGUCACUCAUGGAAUGCCUCAUCCUGAGAAUAUAAAGACUGCUAUAGCUGCCCAAGAUGCUGUUUCUUCUCAAGGUGCUGUGCCAGCAACAAUUGCUAUUUUGCAUGGCAGAGUGAAAGUGGGUUUACUGAAUGAUGAACUUGUUGAAUUAGCUGAAGGAAAAGCUCCUUCCAUUAAAAUAUCAAGACGUGAUUUUCCUUAUGCUAUUAGUAAAAAAAUUAAUGGUGGAACCACUGUGUCUGGAACCAUGGCAAUUGCUGAUCUAGUAGGCAUUAGAAUAUUUGCCACUGGAGGGAUUGGAGGAGUUCAUCGAGGUGGAGAAUCAACGUUUGAUAUUAGUGCUGAUCUGACAGAAUUGGGUCGCACUCCAGUCGCUGUUGUAUCAAGUGGAGUCAAAGCCAUUCUUGAUAUACCACGUACUCUAGAGUUUUUGGAAACACAAGGAGUGUGUGUGGCUGCCCUAGGUGCUCCAGGCUCUUCUUUUCCAGCAUUUUAUUCCCAAGGAAGUGGACACAAAGCGCCUCUGUGUGUGAGUUCCCCAGAAGAAGCAGCUGGACUUCUACAUUCUUUAACAGAUUUAGGCUUGAGGUCUGGCAUGCUCCUAGCUGUACCUGUGCCAUCAGAACAUGCCCUUCCUGAUGCAAUGGUGGAAGAUGCUGUAGGGAAUGCUUUGAAAGAAGCAGAAGCAAUGGGGAUUCAAGGGAAGGACAUUACUCCAUUUCUGUUGCAGAGAAUUUCCCAGAGUACAAAAGGACAUGCCCUUGUUGCAAACCAGUCCUUAAUCAUCAAUAAUGCAAAAAUUGCAGCUCAAAUGGCAGUGGAAUUUGAGAAGUUGCAAAAAACUAGCUUUUAGAGUUGUUAUGUGCUUUUAUGAAGCUGUUAACUGACUUUGUUCUGAUAUUGAGUUCCCCAGUUCUCCUUUGAUUCUGUGAUAUAUAAACAAGAGUUCGUACAACUUAUCUGUGCACUUGACGACCAUUAAAAUUAUGAGACACAGCACUUGCACAGUAGAGCAAUUCACUCAUACAAUUACUGUUCAGAGAGUAUUGGAUAGCCCAAUAUGAGCUUGGGAUUGUAAUCACCCAGAAAUAUGUUGUACCUGCAUAAGUAAUUUUUUUCAUUGGGUUUGUUGUUUACUUUCUUACCCAAAAAGUAAAUGUAAUUUUUUUGGGUCGAUGCUCCCUGUUGAAAAGGAAGACAAAGUUUUUGAGAUGGCAAUCAGUGUUCCAUUCUCCCUCUUUUCCGACAUCAACUAAGUGCACUGAUUCUUUGUGCAAAUUCUUCUUCUAAGAAGACAGUACAGUUGUCCAUUUUAUAUUAUACUUUUUGGCUGUCAGCUUAUAUUUACCACAGAUCUAACAAAAAAAUAUUAAUUACAUUCUGUACAAUCAUUGAUGUGAUAUUGUUAUAGAGAUCUUAUUUAAAUUUUGACACAUUCGAGAAGUUUCAAUGAAUUUCAAACACCUAAAGUCAAAACGGUUUUCAAUUUGACUUGGAAUAACUCAGUUUCGUUUGCACUUCUCUAGCUUCUAGAUAUGAAAUGUAGUGUAUUGGUGAGGGUGCGCCAAAGUCAGAAUUGCUCUUUCAAUACAUAAACAGAAAAUUGUUAUCAGUAUUUAUGAAUUAAAAAAGAUAUGAUGAAAAAAUUAGUAUUGAAACAGUGAAGAAAUAGUUUUAAUGAUUUGAAGAGUGUAAGUGUAAAUGUAAUUUGUGAUAUGUAUAUUUGCCCACCAGUUACAAUUAUGUUAAUAUUUGAAAUAAAUUGAAGUUACCUUUGUUAGAAGUUUGACAUAGGGGUAUUAAUGGCUUUUAAUGAAAAUAUAUCUGUGAAGGUCAUUAAUGAGUUAUUAUAUUUUUUAUUUGUUUGUUCUGGCAAUGUUGUGUAUCUGCAAGUAUUAAUGAAAAAAAAAUGAAAUAAUUGUUUCUUAAUUCACACCUGCUAAUGAAAUAAUACUGUCAUGCAGGUAAAUAAAACAUUUUAUAAUUAA